AUGGGAUCGUCAUCGGCGUUCUUCGUCAUCUGCAUUCUCCACUCCAUCAUCGCGAUCACAAGUGGAGCUCUCAUGAUGUUCUACAUGAAAGAAGUCUACACUUUCGGUCACGGCGUUCAAACCGCCACCAAGCUUCUCGGAUCCACGCCGCACGAUCAGCUUCUCAUCAAAACCUCCGAUUCGUUUUCCGGUUUGCUGCUUGUUGCUAUUGGAUUUCUCAUUUUCAUGGUUUCGUUUGUUAAGGAUCGGGAUUUUCAACACUUGUUUGCUAAGGGGUGUAUUUUGUUGCAUGUGUUUAUGGCGUUGUGGAGGAUCUACUUUGAAAGGAAGGUUGAAGAUCUUGCUUGGGAUUGGCUUAGACAAACUGUUGGUGAUGUUCUCUUGGCACUUUCGUGGGUUUUCUUCCUUAUUUACUCGUGGAGAGAGAAGUAUGAUUAG